UUUGUAGGUGUCACUGAAAUGGAUUUUUUAUCAGCAAUCAUUGGUCCUGUAGUUGAAUCGUUAUUGGUGCCUGUGAAGAAACACCUGGGCUAUCUGUUUUCCUCCACAAAACAUGUUGGCAACAUGAGUACCAGGAUGGAGCAACUUCUUGCUACAAGCGCUGAUGUCGAAAGGCACAUGGAAAGAAACAACAUAAGUAAUCUGGAGAUACCUACUCGUGUACCAGUUUGGUUGGAAGCAGUCGAAAAGAUUGAGGAAGAUGCCAAAAGAAUUAUCUCAGGUAACGUCAAUGGGUGUUUUAAUGUGAAAAUGAGGUACCGAACCGGACGGAAGGCUUUCAAGACCAGCGAGCAAAUCCAAGGUCUUAUUAAUGAACAUAUUGACAAAAGCUGGAGUGAUGCUCCCAAACCUCUUGGAAAAGUAGUAAGUUCAAAAAAUGCAUCCACUUCUGCACCGUCAGACGGUGAUGAUGCCCACAAUUUCUUCAAGUCAAGAGACAAGAUUUUCAAGGAGGCGCUCGGUUUGAUUCAACAAGAUCAAAAGGCCCAGGUGAUAGCCUUAUGCGGAAUGGGUGGCGUUGGGAAGACCACGAUGAUGGAACAACUGAAAAAGGCUGUGGAAGACAAGAAAACGUUUGAUUGGAUUGUGAAGGUGGUUAUUGGGGAAAAGAUGAACACAUUUUCUAUUCAGCAAACCGUGGCAGAAUACUUACAAAUUCCUUUAACCGAAACAAGUACAACAACAAGGGCAGAUCGUCUUCGCGUAACGUUUGGGAAGAUUUCACAAGAAAGAAAAGAGAAGGUUUUAGUAAUAUUGGAUGAUGUUUGGGAGAAAGUUGAGCUUAAAGACAUUGGACUAUGUCCUUUGCCAAACAGCUCCAAGUUGUUGCUAACAUCACGAAACGAAAACGUUUGUACACAAAUUGUUGCAGAAGAUGAUUUAGAUCUUCGAUUUGUUAGAGUAGAUGUGAUGGAGGAGUUAGAAGCGAAUAAUUUCUUUUUUCAUAUUUCAAAAGUAUCUGACCCGGACCUCAAAGAAAUGGGAGUUAAAAUCGUGAAAAGAUGUGGUUUCUUACCCUUGGCCAUCAAACUCAUUGCAACAAACCUUAGAUCUAAAGAAAAGUGGGCAUGGAGGAAUACACUUCACCGUUUGAAGAAAAAUGAACUCGAUAAGAAUGUGCAAAAAAUUGUUGAGAUAAGUUAUAACUUUUUAGCUGAUGAAGAUGCUAAAGCAGUUUUUUUGCUUUGUGGGUUGUUUCCAGAUGACUUCAAUAUUCCAAUCGAGGAACUGACAAGAUUCUCAUGGGGGCUUAAGUUGUUCAAUAAAGUUACUACUCUGGGGGCCGCUAGAGACCGGACAAAAACAUGUGUCGGCGUCCUAAAAAAUGCAAGUUUAUUGAUGGAUAGUGAUCACUCCGAGUGUGUCAAAAUGCACGAUCUUGUGCUUGCUUUUGUGGUUGCUAAAGUUUCUGAAUGCGAUCAUCCAUGGAUCAUUAAGCAUGGUGAUGAUGUUUCUGAAUGGAGUAGAGCUGAAACGAGCGAGUCUUGCAGAAGAAUUUCUUUGACAUGUACGGGCAUGUCUGAGUUCCCGGGAGACUUUAAUUACCCAAACGUAUCCCUAAUGAGACUUAUGAAUGGCGAUAAAUCGCUUAAGUUUUCUGAAACUUUUUAUGAGAAAAUGGAAAAUCUUCAAGUUAUGGCGUGUGAGAAGUUGCAAUAUCCAUUGCUUCCCACAUCGCUUCAAUGCUCUACCACCCUUCGAACAUUGUGUCUCCAUAAAUGCUCAUUGAUGUUUGAUUGCUCUCCUAUUGGUGAUCAUCUUUUGAACCUUGAAGUGCUCAGCUUUGCUCGUUCUCGCAUCCGAUAUUUACCAUCUGCAAUCGGGAAUCUAGUGAAGCUAAAGCUACUGGAUUUGACAGGUUGUAUGGAUCUACGAAUGGAUGAAGGCGUCUUGAAAAACUUGGUCAAGCUUGAAGAGCUAUAUAUGAGGGUUGCUAACGAAAAGGGCAUCAAAUUCACAGAUACAAACUAUAAGGAAUUGGGAGAACGUUCCAAGAAUCUAUCUGCAUUGGAAGUUGAAUUCUUUGAGAACAAUCCUCACUCAAAGAAUAUGUCGUAUAAUAGACUCGAAAGAUUCAAGAUAUCCAUAGGACGUUAUUUAGAAAGUGAUUAUAGUGUCAAAGACAUGCACUCAUCCGAAAACACGCUGAAGUUCAAAGUUGAAAAGAAAGAUGAAUUGUUGGAAUCUGGAAUGAUAGAGUUGUUUUCGAAAACAGAAGUGCUUUGGUUAAAAGUGGUCCGUGGCAUGAAUAACCUUGAAGAAGUUUUACCGAAAUCCGUACCUCGACACAGCUUGUUUUAUAAUUUAAGAGUCCUUUAUAUUGACAACUGUGCCGACUUGAGAUACCUGUUUACAGUCCCAGUAGCAAGGGGCCUGGUGAAUAACCUUGAGCGUCUCACAAUUAUAGAAUGCCCUGUUAUGGAAGCACUAGUAUACAGCGAAGAAAAUGGUAUAGAAGAAAUUAGGUUUCAGGGGCUAACGUUUCUAAAUUUGAAUUAUCUACCAAAGUUGGAAGGUUUGGCGUCCAACACUAACAAUAUUGUAAUCCAUCUACCGCAACUAGUGACGUUGUAUCUUGAUGGCCUUCCAAACUUCACAAGCAUUUAUCCGGCGGGAGAGUAUAAAUCAUCGAUUAUGUCCAGUGGCAGUUCUACUAUUAUUAAACCUUUCUUCAAUAAACAGGCUAUGAUCCCUCCUAGGUUGGAGAGAUUGAGAAUUUGGAGGAUGGAGGCAUUGAAGAAUAUAUGGCCGGAAGUAGUUGAUGAUGCCACCUGCUGCUGCUCAUUGCGAGAGAUUACAGUAUACCAAUGUGAUAAUCUUGUGAAUGUGUUUCCGAGGAAUCCGGUGCCAUUGUUGCCUCAUCUGGAAAGGAUCCAUGUUGGUAAUUGUGGUUCCAUUCAAGCGUUAUUCGACAUUGAUGUUGGUGAAGAAGGCGGCGGUAUUAGUAAAUUGAGAUCCAUUAACGUAUAUAACUCAGAGAGGCUUACAGAGGUGUGGAGGUUGAAAAGAGGAGGAGCUGCCGUACAUAUUAACCACCCUAAUGAUGAUAAUGAUGAUGAUGUCAUCAUUUGUGGCUGCUUUCAAGCGGUUGAAGUGAUAAGCAUAAGAGAUUGUAAGAGCUUUAGGAACAUAUUUACACCAACCACCGCUAGGUUUGAUCUGGGAGCAUUAAAGAAUAUUUACAUAGAUGGCAAUGGAAGCGUAAAAGAAAACGAUGAAUCUGUAGGAAGGAACCAAGAGGAGAUCGAUGAUACAUCUAAGAGGGAGAUAAUAGAAGUUGUUGACAAUAUUCCAUACGUGGCAUAUCCAUUUCAUCUCUUACCUACAUUUCAUCACCUUCAAUCCCUUUAUUUAAAAAAUCUUACAAAAGUUGAGGUGGUGUUUGACAUAGAAAAUGCAACUAGUAGAGAUUUGACAACAUGGGAUAACCAACAACCACCAAUACUUUCCUACCUCAAGAAUGUAAGCCUAAUUAAUUUGGAGAAGAUGAAUUGCGUGUGGAAGUGUACCUCUUGGAAUCAUUUUUUAUAUUCUCAAAAACAAACAGAAUCCCCGUUCCAGAACCUUACAACCAUACGCAUGGAAAAAUGUGGAAAGAUAAAGUACUUGUUUUCACCUCUUUUGGCCAAACUUCUUUUCAACUUGAAUACAAUUGACAUAUCAGAAUGUGAUGGUAUUGAGGAAGUUGUGUCAAAUAGAGAUGAUGAUGGUGUUGAAACAAUGGCGGCCGCUUCGACAUCUUCUGGCACAAACCCCACUUUCUUCCCACAUUUAGACGGUCUAUCUCUUUAUCGUUUAUCAAAGCUAAAGUUUAUCUCCAAUUUCUCCAUUCAUGAGAAUGUCAAGAGUUCUGAGGUGGAUGUUGUUUCCUGGUCCUUGUGCCAAUAUCCCCGCAAGAUAAACAUAAGUGAAUGUAAUGCACUACCAAUCGUGAUUCCAUUCAAUGCUGUUGGAAAAUUACAAAAGCUUCAAGAGUUGAAAAUUAGUCGGUGUAACCUUUUGGGACAUGUAUUCACAAGCUCCACACUUGAGAGCCUCAAGCAACUAGAAGAGUUGACGAUUGAAGACUGCAAGACAAUGCAAGUAAUUGUGAAGGAAGAUGGAAAGCACACAACAUCUAAAGUUGUCAUCUUUCCCCAACUAAAGUCGCUCACAUUAACUGAUUUACCAAAUGUUGAAGGUUUCUUUAUGGGGAUGAAUGAGUUUCAAUGGCCACAGUUGGAUAAGGUUAAGAUUUCUGGUUGCCCACAAAUGAUGGUCUUCACAUCAGGUCACUCAACGACUCCAAAGCUCAACUCCAUGCAUACUCGAUUAGGAAGACAUAGUCUUGAAUGUGGCCUCAACUUUCGGUUCACCAAUGCAUUAAACGAGGCUAAAUUCCAUAAUUCAAGUAUGUGCUCUACUCCGGAUAUGAUAAAGCUACUUCAAUACCCAUGGUCAUUUUCGAACUUAGUUGAAGUAGAUACAAAGUUGUAUAGCCAAUCGUCAGAGAGCCGCAUAUUUUUCCCACAGAAUGAGUUGCAUAAACUUCAGAAUGUUGAAAAGCUCAACAUCACUGCCCCCGAGUAUCAAUAUGACCGAAUCGUAGAGGAGGUAUUUGAAGUAGGAGAAGAGACGAAUGAUUAUAUGAAUGAAACACCAUCUGUUGUGGUUUUUCCAAAGCUAAAAGAAGUGACUUUGGAACACCUUGAAAGUGUGAAACAGAUAUGGAAGAGCAAUCGGAGGAUGGUUUUGAACUUUCCAAAGCUUACAAAAGUGUCAAUCAAUCGCUGUCCACUUCUUGGAAAUGUUUUCACUAGUUGCAUGAUUGGUAGUUUAUCACAACUCCAAGAACUACACAUAAGUAAAUGCAAAAAUAUGGAGGUAAUUGUCAAGCAAGUGGAAGAAGAUUCUGAUACUAUAGCGGAGGAGGUUGUUGUGUUCCCUUUUCUAAAAUCCGUAACACUUUUAUCGCUUGAAAAUCUCAAGGGAUUUUAUUUGGGAUUGGAGGCUUUUAAAUGGCCAUCGUUAGAUACUUUGAAAAUAAAAUAUUGUCCACAAAUAACGGUUUUCACACGUGGACAAUCGACUACUCCGGAGCUAAAGGUGAUAGACACAUCUUUUGGAUUGUGUUAUGCAACCGAAGACCCAACCUCCUUUAUAAAGACCAAACAACAAGAGGGUUGGCAGUUCUAGAAAAGUAACCAGGACACCUGCAUAUUCGAGAUCCUUCUUCGGAGAAGUGUGCUUUUGACAAAUGACAUUGGGUAUGGUCUCAGUGUUUCAUGACUUGAGCCCAAACGACUUCACCACCACCACUACCAUCACCUUGGGUCUACGGUUUCUUAUGGUGUGUGUUUCAUGGUUGGAAGAGUUGGUGAAAUCAGGAGGAGAAACAGGGCAGUUUGGAAUUUAUGAGAGUUUGAUCAUGUGUACUUAACUUGGAAUGAAGUUUAAGUGCAUCCUGAUACAUCCAUGGACUGUAAUGCAAUUUGUUUAUAGUAACAAUGUGAAUUUGGGGGUAGAAAUACUGCAGGUUUUUGGACAGGUGCUGGAUGUUGUAACAGGUGCGAUACCUCAGGCCCAAAGCUGAAUUCAGCUAUAUGUAUAAAAAUUAGGUGGUUUGUGAAAAUGGAGUGUCUUUGUGUUCCAUGUCUUUCAAGCAUAGCAAUUAUUAGUUAAUAGUUUGUUUUGUGUAAGUUUUUGUUUAAAGUUAGUUUUUUCAUAACUGAUUUUCAAUUUCUUUAUGUAAUUCUUGUCAAUUCAAUUCAUGAACCAAAUGCUGUGAA